AUGGAAUGCGUGGCUCACUGGCAACGGGAGUCGCUGAAAUGGGAAAAUAGAACAAAUAUGGAGGGUGACUGUGACGAGGACAGGGUGGCGGCGGUGGUGAGCACUGGGCAGCAGCGGCAGCAGCCGGCAGACAGAUGGCAAAGGCACCUCGAGAAUAGCCCAGGCGGCAUAAUCCUCCGAUAUGGAAGAUCAUCCACAAUGACAGAAAUUAAUGAGGUUCAAGAGACUGCAGCCGUGGACCUGGGUGACCUCUUAGAUGCUGGUGACAGAGCCGUGGUGAUACUAGCGGCAGGCACCACGCGGCUGGUGGCGCACGGGGCUGUGCUGGCAGCCAGGAGUCCUGUUUUCGCCGCCAUGUUCCAGCACGACACACUGGAGGCCAGCAGUGGACAGGUUGCCAUCCCCGACGUGGAGGGGCCUGUGAUGAGGCAGCUGCUGGCCUACUGCUACACACUGAGGGCCCCACAGCUGUCUGGCACGGCCCCCCAGCUGCUGGAAGCUUCUGAUAAGUACGGAUUGUCGGCCCUGAGGGAUCUGUGUGAGGAGCAGAUGGUCGCACAGCUAGCAAUCGAGAAUGCAGCAACCACAGGAGUCCUUGCAGUGAGACAUUCCUGCCCGAGACUCACUGCUGCCUCUGUCGCAUUCAUAAAGGCCCACAACUUCCAGAUCAUGGCCACACGGGGUUGGGCUGAUGCAGCGCGCACUCAUUCCGAAGACGUGAUAGAAUUAACUAAGCUGCUCGCUGAUCCACCACCAGGAACAAGUGCACCGCAGACUACGGAGGGAAGGCACUCCACGUGCACUCAGCGUCACAGCGACCACUGCCAGACCCCUGUUGCAGCUGUGCAGCGCAGUCCUCCACCUGAUGAUGCCACUGUGCGGAGUGUAGAUCGAGGUAUAGAGAAAGCGACCGACUCUGGGAAUGCUAAAGCAAUGUACGAUGGUAUUAAGAAAGCAAUUGGACCAACUGUCAGGAAAACAGCUCCUCUGAAGUCCAAGACGGGUGAAGUCAUUACUGAUGAAGGCAAACAAAUGGAACACUGGGUUGAACACUACCUCGAGUUGUAUGCAGCUGAGAAUGAAAUUAGCAAGGAUGCAUGUGACGCCAUCAAACAAAUGCCCGUUAUGGAAGAACUAGAUGCAAUGCCUACUAUGGAAGAACUUAGUAGAGAAAUAGAUUCUCUUGCUAAUGGAAAGGCCCCAGGUGAAGAUGGGAUCCCUGCAGAGGUUAUUAAGUAUAACAAGAACCUUUCCGAAGAAAACAGAGGCAGGAGGCUGAUCCAGGCGGCUAAUCGGGGUGCAGUGGAGGAACUGCGAGCUCUGUUAGCAGCAGGAGCGGAUGUGGGGGUGCAGGAUGCGGCCGGAGCGACUGCCCUCCACUGUGCGGCGAUGGGGGGACACGUGGAAGCGGUGCGAUUUCUGGUUGAGAAUGGGGCGCCGGUGGACGCUAGGUGCGGUAUACAGAACACACCACUGCACACGGCUGCAAGUUUUGGCCUCACCGCUGUAGUGCGGGUGCUAGCGGCUUUCUCUGCAGACCUCAAUGCCAGGAAUGUGGAUGGGUGGACGCCGCUGCACAGGGCGGCAUUCUUUGGCCACUCAGAGGUAGCAGUUGCGCUGCUGGAGGCGGGAGCCAAUAGGGCGGCAAGAAAUGACAGUGGGGCCACCCCCCUUCAUAUCGCCAGGAAGAAAAACCAUCAGGAACUGGUAGAAUUGCUAACAUGA